ACAGAGUGCCGCUGGGGAAAAGGAGGCAUACAUGGAGCGAAGGAGGAGGUACAGACCAAAAAGAAGAAGACUCCCAUCAAUCUCAGCCAUCCAGCUCCCACUGGACUCCAGGGAAGCCACACUUAUGUAAAGGUAAGGAGGGUGGCUAAACUAUGUGAAUUGAUAUGACUGUGUGUGUGUGUGUGUUUUGUGUCAGUGUGUGUGUGUAUCCCUUUGUAUUUUUAGGUUGUGCAUUUUAUGGUUUUAUGUGUGUGUAUCUGACUGUGUGUGUGUGUGUAUCUGACUAUGUGUGUAUAUCUGACUGUGUGUGUGUGUGUAUCUGACUGUGUGUGUGUAUCUGACUGUAUGUGUGUGUGUAUUGGACUGUUUGUGUUUGUGUGUGUGACUGUGUGUGUGUAUCUGACUGUGUGUGCGUGUAUAUCUCACUGUGUGUGUGUAUCUCACUGUGUGUAUGUGUGUAUAUCUCACAGUGUGUAUGUGUGUAUCUCACUGUGUGUGUGUGUGUAUGUCUGUGUAUCUCAGUGUGUGUGUAUCUCACUGUGUGUGUGUUUAUCUACUGAGUGUGUGUGUAUCUGGCUGUGUUUGUGUCAGCGUUUGUAUCUGACUGUGUGUGUGUAUCUGACAAUGUGUGUGUAUCUGACACUGUGUGUGUAUCUGACUGUGUGUGUCAGUGUAUAUCUGGCUGUUUGUGUCAGUGUGUGUUUAUCUGGCUGUGUUUGUGUCAGUGUACGUGUACCUGUGUGUCAGUUUGUAUGUGUACCUGUGUGUCUGUGUAUAUGUAUCUGUGUGUGUAUAUGAGUGUCAGUAUGUGUAAGUGGGUAUCUAUGCGUGUGGCAAUGCACACAUCCCAUCUAACAUUGCACACAAAUACACCCCUGCAUUCCAACAUUAACAAUGCACACAAAUACACCACUGCAUGUGUCUGUGUUCCUGUGUGUAUCUCAGUGUUUUUGUAAGUGUGCAUCUGUGUGACAAUGCAUACAUCCCAGCAUUUCUACGCCAACACUGCACACAAAUACACCCCUGCAUGUGUACCUGUGUUUCUGUGUGUACAUAUCUGUGUCAGUGUGUGUAAGUGUGUAUCUCUGUGUGUGGAUGUGCCAGUGUUUUUAUCUGUGUGUGCACGUGUAUUUAUGUUUGUGGCUGUGCAUCGUGGGAAUUGUACAACAGAUGAGGAUCUAUCUUCUCUGCUCUUGCGCUAGAGGGGAGGCUCAAAACAAUGUCUUGCACCAGGGCCCAGUCUACAUUAAUUCUGCCACUGUGUUGGGGUGGAGGGUGUGAUUGCAUGCCAGAGAGCGAAAGUUUGGGGGGGUAGGGAGGGAGGGCAGGAUCCAGGGGGCCCAAACAAAUGCAUGCCCAGGGUCCAAUCAAUGUUAAAGACGGCCCUGUUAAGAUGUAUAGCAAUGCACUUACUUCCCAGUUAUGUAGAGACGUUUUAAUCUAAAACUCUUCAUACAAAUUAUACAAACUGGAGUAAAUAUAAAACUCUUGGAAGAUUUAGAAUAAAAAAUGCCUGAAUGUUAUAUUACAUUAAAAUAAACAAAGGGUUAGAGCAGACUUCCCCAAACUCUGGCCCUCCAGAUGUUGCUGAACUACAACUCCCAUGAUUAUAUAACUGAAAAGGGCUGAGAAUCAUGGGAGUUAUAGUUCAGCAACAUCUGGAGGGCUGGAGUUUGGGGAAGCAUGGGAUACAGAAUGUAGCGUCAGCAUGAACCAGAGUCUUUAAAGAUUAAGAGGCUUUCAUUUAGGUUCAUUUAAGUUCCAAAGAGAGGUUGUCAUUGGACAGGGAUAUCUAAAAAUGUUAAAAUUCAUGUUUAUAUAUUUCUCAAGGCUAUUAAAAUUUCAGUAUACAGAGGAAAAGGGCGCCCAUAAUUCAGAAAAAAAGUGCCUUCAUUAGUUUAAACAUCAAAUCUGACAGUUACUAUCUACAUGUUUUUAUUUCCCCAAUUUUAUCAAGAUGAUUAUAUCUGUGUGAACAAUGCCACUGAAAUGGGACUGUGGGUUCACGGCUCCCGAUCCCUCCACUAACGAAUCUGUAACGAUGACCAGAUAAAUACCAGAUAUCUUAUUCUGAAUAUAAAUUAACUGCAGUGCUGAAUAGAUGGAAUGUAUGAAUGCACUUCAGAAUAUAUAUAGUGUAGAACCUGAUCAUGCCAAAAUACAACCACACGGAAAUAUAUAUAUAUAAACCAAGUGGUAUCUAAAUGCAGGGUUACAUCAUAAUAAAUGCUACGUGCCCUGUUGCUGUAAAUAGAAGUUAACUAAAAUACUGAAAGGCUACAAAGUAUAAUUCGCUCAAAGAAAUUUCCCUCAAAUCAAUGAUUGAAUAGGGACUUUAUUUUUUCAUUCAAGUCGCUUUUAUUAAAGGAUCACUAUAGGGUCAGGAACACAAACAUGUAUUCCUGACCCUAUAGUGUUAUAACCACCAUCUAGCCCCCCUGAGCCCCUCAUGUCUCUAUAAAUAUAGUAAAAUAUUACUGUAUUCAAGCUGUAGAUCUGCAUGGUGUUUUCUGACAUCAGCAGAAGUGGUAGCCUGAUCCAAUCACAAUGCUUCCCCAUAUGAUUGGCUGAGACUGACAAAAAGGCAGAUAUGGGGCAGAGCCAGCAUGAUUCAAACACAGCCCUGGCCAAUCAGCAUCUCCUCAUUGAAUUGAAUCAAUGAAUCUCUAUGAGGAAAGUUCAGUGUCUGUGUAAAAUCUGGUUGGAUCGAAUCGAUCGCCACAUUAAAUCUUUUGCUCGCCACAUUAAUAUAUAUUAAUAUAUGUCUAUACUAAUGAAAAGUACUAAUACGCAAUCUGACUUACGGUUUCUUCAGGUUUAUUCUUAGUUACUGAUACAUAAUAAAACAACAAAUGAUGUUACAGGAUAAUGGACAUUCAACAGCAGAUGGUAAUUGCUGGACUGCUGACGGGAGAGUUACAUCCUUACAUCUUUACAUUGAGAGAGAGCCAGAGAGCGCCAAGAGCCAAGAGAGAGAGACCUUGUGUCCCUCUGUUACUAUAUAGAUGUGCCCAUACUGAUGUCAGAGUUUAACUCUAGCCAUAUAAGAACAAGACCCCCAAAUCCACAUUCCAGAGCUCCCAGACAAAGAAAGACUUGUGACUUAUACCAUCUGUUACUUAUGUCAAUCCACACAUCCAUAUAUAAUCAAUAGAAACAUGGAAUAUGCAAUAUUCUACAGUCUGCAUGCAGAGGGAGGAGACACUGAGUGUUUGGAUGCAUUUUAGGGAGCCAUGACCCAGGAAGGAUCUCUAACAGCCAUCUGAGGAGUGGCCAGUGAAGUUAUCACUAAGCUGUAAUGUAAGCACUGCAAUUUUCUCUGAAAAGACAGUGUUUACAGCAAAAAGCCUGAAGUUAAUGAUUCUACACACCAGAACAAAUUCAAUGAGCUGUAGUUGUUCUGGUGACUAUAAUGUCCCUUGUCAUUGCAAGUGAUAAUAUAACUCAGAUAAUUGCAAACAGAGUAUGGACAUGCAACAAUAAACUUUAGGCAAGUAGAAAUCAAGCAUGAGACAUGAAUUCCAAGCAAGUGUAUACAUUCAAGAACCAAGAAAACAACUGAAACUCUAUGUAGGACUUGGCGGCAGAACUGAGUCUCAGGUGACAGAAGGGUAGGUGUAAGGGACUUUGGAUAUGCCUAACCCUGACAAUCCCUGUGUCAAUGCUGUGCUUUGCAACCAUGCUGCAAGUUGCCGGGGAUAGGAGGGAAAAUGGGAGAGAAAAAAACAAAAUGGGGGUUUUUGGGCAGUUAGAAAGGGAGGGACAGGGGACUGCACCCCGCUGCCCUCCCCCACCCCCUGAGGUUGCAGAAGGGGGAAGGAGGUGGUCUACCCCCUUUGGGCCAUCUCAUGCUAAGUGCUCCCAGAUGGCAGAAACGGUUAUGGCAAGACCCUCCCAAGGAUCAUUCACUAUUGCAGCCAGGAGGUUUUAAUGAUGAUCCACACCACUGAAAACCCAUUGGUUCCAAUAGAACCAGAUCUGUGUGCACUUCGGUGCUCUACCCAUCCCCAAGUGUAUCAUAUCCUCUUUUACUCUGAUCUCAAUCUAAUCUCUAAUUAUUGUACUGCCUUUGCCUCCAGAAGCAUGGAAUCAGACUGCGGACAGCAUUUAUAAGGAUUAAGAUUACAAAAUUCUUGUAUUUUUUUUUGGAAUAAGAUGAACUAGGUAUAGGCCCGCGAACAGUUUAGUGGAGUGUCAGUGAGAGAGGAGAGGAUUUGGUGUACAUCUCUCCAAAAGGCCAUAUGAGUGGACAUGACCACCAAAUGUGAAAUAAUGAACGCAGUUCCUUCAAGCAUCUCCAACACUCUGGGUCGCAUCGGGAGAAGGGGUUAGUAAGUCUCCCCACUGUUUUGUACCAGUGGGAUAUCCGCUUAUAUCCUGAUUCCUGCUAUUUGGUGUUGAUGGAGGACUUGUGUGUGAGAAUGUCUCCGUCCAUUGUUCUACAUUAUUUCAGCGCCAGGGAAAGUUCUUCCAUGGAAAUUGGCUGCCCGAGUUGUGCCGAUGUUUCAGCAUUCAGCUGAGCUAGGAGGUCCUUGAUCUCCUGUGCAUACAAUUUUUCCUUUGGGUGCCAUAUUUGAUAAGUACCCCUCUGAUGGCGCAUUUGUGUGCCACAACCACACCUUAUCUUGGGUGAUUUCAGGGGUGUAGUUUGCAGAGUAGAACUGAGUGAGGUGACUCCCAAGGUCUACUUUAAUGAGGUCAUCCAUUAGUGAUUUGUUGAGUCUCCAAGUCCGUUGCGAUACAGUGUAGGGAAGAUGUUGGAGAUGACGAACGGAGGGUGGUCGGACCAUGUCAUGGGCGCGAUCAAUGCAGCGCGUAAGUCAUCCAGAUGUAUGUGUUGUAAGAAGUAGUGAAUGUGUGAGUACGCCAUAUAAGGUGACUAGCAGAAUGUGUAAUCUUUUCUUGCAUGAUGAAGUGUACGCCAGCAGCCAGGGAGCUUGUAUUCAUGUAGCAAAGAGUGUAUAUUACGAAUGAUGUAUGCGGGGAGGUACGAGGUCCAACCACGGGUCCAGAGGGACAGUGAAGUCUCCCCCAAUGAUGAGGAAGCCUUCACUGAAGGAAUUCAGGGUCCUAAGCGUCAGCCAGGAACGGCUUCUUGACCUUAUUCAGGAGGUAUAGGUUGGCAAAGGUUUAUUGAAUUUCAUUGAUUGUCUUCUUCAGAAAAAGGUACGUGCCAUCUGUGUCCACUAUCUCUGGCACCGCUAGAAUGGGAUGUCCACUACGAACACUAUCGCAACCCCCUUUGUUUUGACUACCGGGUUAUGCGCAAAAAAACUUGUAGGGAAGUAUUUGUUAGAGAACCGAGGAGGUCUGUCUGAAAUUGUCACAUCCUGUUCCUAGCUGCGGAUCAUUCUGGCAAUGGCUUCUGGUAUGUGGCCGCACAAACACUGGUGCUCAACACCAGGGGGUGUGCGUAUACCCUGCACCAGACCCUGCUAAUACACUUCCAAACUGUGACUCCUACUUUCAACAUCAGGCAUACUGGGUCCCACUCGUCCGACCGCCGCCCAGACAGUGUCUGGGUCCCGGUCACCGGACUGCCACCCUGACAGAAAUAAAGUGGGUUUACUUGGAAAAAAGCUAUGGAUACCCACAACGAUCAGAGCUCUCGCACUUUUAUCUGGGAUUUCAAACCCUGGCGUUGAUAAAGCAUAGAGUGAAAUCAGUUCUAGGGGUACCCAUUCCGCUAAGAAGACAAUGGGCAAGAGAGGGCUGCCAGAAGGAGAGAGAAUGGGAAAAGGAAGGAAGAAAGAAAAAGAAAAAAAGCCUGUCAGAUUCAAAGUGUUGUGGCCAGCGCCCAUGCCAAGGUCUGCUUAAAUCAGACUACACUGAUUUAAGAGUCAGAUCUUCCUUCUUAUUUGUAUUUACCUCCCUGACAAUCCUGAGCAUUUGCAAAUUCCAUUAAAUAAAUAAUAAAGGUUUUAUUAUGUAUAAUAAAAUAUAGUUCAUAAUUUGAUAUGGCUGGCUUGGUGAACUGUGGGUUCAAGUGGUGGAGCUAGGGGAAAGAUGUAUUCAAGAUAGUAGAAACCCAAAAAAAAAAGCCUUAAAUAAUAAGAGGAUAACUUACAAUGGGGGAAAUGCUUAGAUUGGUGCUUUAAAAUGUAAAUUUGCUUCACUUUGGAAAUUAGUGAUGGAAUCCCUGAGAUGCAUGUGUUUGAAUAUAUAAAUACAAAUAUAUAUAUAUAUCAGUGCCAAUACUUAUAUGAGUGUAAAGUGAAAACUAUGUACAAGUUUUGACUCACAAGUUUUCUGUUAUAAAGUCUCUGUUACUGACUGUUCGAUUUAACAAGCGGCUGUUGGCAUGCUACAGACUGGUCAGGGAGUUAGUGUUUCCAGAUAAGACAGAGCUGUAUACUCUCCGUUUAAAUGCUCCUUAUAGCUAGUUUAAACUACAAUUGUGAUUUAUUUUUUUUAUGUGAGUCCCAUUGAACUAGAGACGAUGUAUGUUGAUACUACUUAAUUGUGAAACUCCUUUAUACAACUUUGACAAGCACUAAACAACAUCGACUCCUAUAAUUCAUAUUUCACUUUGCCCGUCUCAAUGAUGGCGGCCGGAGUCAUGCUAUCAGAUGUACGUCAUUCAGUGCGCCGGACGAGCUGUGUGUUCCUGAAACACGUGGGUUGAAAUCCAUGUAGGUAGGAAGUAAGCAAGCUAAUAUUUCCGUGUUUUGUACAUGAUGCAUGAAAACAGCAACAUUUUAAGAAGUUUGUGUCAAUGCUAUUUCACAGUGUUUCGAUGAGUUUGAACAAUAAUUUCUGACGACCUAAUGUAUUUUGUGUGUGAUGUUGUUACUUGCAGAUCUGGUUUAAUCUUAAGUGCGUUCUCUUAAUAAUGUGACAUUCUAACAGUUUCCUUACAGACUUCUGUGGUCUAUAUAAAUGAGCUUUAUUUUUAUUUAUUUUUUUACUGUGACAGUUUAUAUAGCUAUUAAUAUAAAGUAAUUUGGGCCAGCAAGUGUACACAUUAGCGGAUGUUCAUUUUGCUAAAUAUUCAGAUAACAGUAUGACUAUAAGCAACACUAACACGGAUUAUAUAACAAGGUGAUGAUGCUUGAUUGGCUUGUCCGCAAGAACAUAAAAAUAGCUUAAAGGAUCACUCUAGGCACCCAGACCACUUCAGCUUAAUGAAGUGGUCUGGGUGGCAGGUCCCUCUAGGAUUAACCCUUUUUCUUUUUUUAUAAACAUAGUUUCAGAGAAACUGCUAUGUUUAUAAAUGGGUUAAUCCAUCCUCCAAAUCCUCUAGUGGCUGUCUCAUUGAGAACACGCAAGCGUCCAUAGGAAAGCAUUGUAAAUGCUUUACUAUGAGACCGUCUGAAUGCGCGCGCAGCUCUUGCCGCGUGUGCGCAUUCAGCCGAAAGGGAGGAGGAGGAGAGCUCCCCGCCCGCCGCUGGAAAAAAGGUAAGUUUUACCCCCUUUCCUCUCCCCAGAGCCGGGCGGGAGGGGGUCCCUGAGGGUGGGGGCACCCUCAGGGCACUAUAGUGCCAGGAAAACGAGUAUGUUUUCCUGGCACUAUAGUGGUCCUUUAAAAUAAUCUAAAUAAAGUUAUGUAAAUAUGUGUAGCCACUGCAGUAUACUGAUAGGAGUUAAUGCUGUGAAAUGAUUGACUGCAGUAUUCUUGUGUUGCAAGCCUUUGACUUGUAAAGUGCUCGUUAUAAAUACAUUUAAAAUAAUGGCACGUUUAUUGAUUGGAAUAGUGGGACAAUAUAGAUGGAAUCAAACCAGAUUGAAAAAGUGCACUUCAUGGCAGUAUAAUUCAUAUGAACAUCAAGCCAAAUAUUACAUUGAGUAAAUUCAUAAAACUUGAGCUUUUAAAACUGUUCGUAAUAUUUUUAAGUGUAAAUAUUGAAAUAUUUAUUCUCUCAAUACACAUAUCUGAGAUCUGCCCAGAUUCAAAAGCGAAUUAGCCUGUCAUACAUUUCUUGUUGAAUUGCUGAAAUUUUCCCAUUAAUCCCUGUAUAACACUAGUAUCACCUCUAGUGACUGUCACUCAGACUGCUGCUAGAGGUGAUUCCUAGUCUAGUGCUGCUCUGUGUACAGCACCUACGUUCAACUUUUCGAUGCAUCUCCCUUGAUAAAGGCGGAUUCGCUGGUCUUUGUGGCCUAUUUUUUAUAUUUGAUGUCAGUACCCUCCUCUCAUAUUUCCUGUUGUUCUUGGUAUGUAUCUUUUUGUUUCAGUGUAUAUACAGUUAUCUAAUAAACUGUUGCUCUGAAUUAGUGGUUAUACCACUUUAAUUGGAUCAUUUUUGAUCAAUGCUUCCACCCCAUUUUGACUUUAUCUGCAAUUAUUGUUUGCAUAUUGGAUAGAGAUGUUUUAACAUUUCCAAUUCUUUAAUAUCUAUGCGGAUACCUGUUAUACAUAUGUUUAUUUGUGUAAUAAAGCUUUUUUGUAUUUUAUUCUGUUGUGCUCCUCCUUCUAGUAUUAUAUUUCUCUAAGCUAAGUAUUUAUAUAUUUCUCUAAGCUUUUGUCUGUUUUUGUUGCAUUGCAUUUACUUUGGCACUAUCUGUGGAAAAGGGGUAAUCAGACAUGGACUCCGUGCUCACUGUGCCUAGGAGGGUAUCUGCUACACUUCCCUGACAAGGCCCAAUUUAGGCCAAAACAAUCGUCUGGGGUUACUUAAUCUCUUUUGCUGGCAUUUCGGAUCUGGACUGCCUUUAUGAGCAGUUCAUUCUCAUGUGCAAAUGGUAUAUGUUAUCUUUGUAAUGGCAUAAGUGAACAAAAACAUUUUGGAGACCUGAGCAGGGACUAACUGAAGGGCAAGUUUGCUGAGUUUCUCUAAGGUUUUACCCAUUCUAAGAGUUCUCAUAUUCUCAACGUUUGUAUAUGAAGGUAUUUCAGCAAAUGUGAAAAUGCUCUUGACAGAGCAAAUAGUUGUGAUACAAAUUUAGACAAUGGGUGCUGUGUAGAUUCUCACAUAGUUGGAAAUAAUGGACUUGUUCGACAUAACUUAUUAUCUUCUAAAAUAAAUAAUGCUUAUGUUAUCUUUAUCUCUCUUAGAUAUACUGAUUUAUCUUUCUGGAUUUUAGUUCUUACCUACUGUUGCAUGGAAGUCACAGUUGAGUCAAACUGGGCACUAUGGCAUCCAAUGUUGCAGUUGAUCAGCCAAACACUGUAGAAUUCAUAAAUGAAAAAGAAUCAGAAAAAUGUGAUACUGGUCAUGCAGAGGUACAAGAAAGCGAAACAUGUAAGAGACAAGACCACAUGUCAAAGCGUCAAAUGAAGAAACUGUUAAAACAGAAACAAUGGGAAGACCAACGAGAUCUGAGAAAGUAAGUAGAAUUAAGAAUAUAACUUGGCUAUUUCAUAAGCAUUCUGAAGAUUUUGAAAGCUUUACAUUUAGCAACAUAUUCUUUACUACUUGUACAAACUAACAUCCAUUUUUCCGUAUAAUGUGUGUUGUUUCUUAACAUUCUCCUCCAUGCCAUCUUAUUUAUGCACCCCUUGUUGGGUAAUAUACAGACGUAUUUCAAGCAGCUGGAUUGACAAAGUUGUGCUGGUAUAUUAAGCUUCUCCAUGUGGGGAGUAUGACUAUAAUACGUUUAUUUUUAGAGUUGCUUUGAAUUCAUAUGUUAUGUAGACACAGCUGUUUUUUUUCUUCUUUUCUUUUUAUUCUAACUUAAGUAGUUUGCCAUUCAAGGCUGGGCAAAGUAUGUAAACCAAUAAAAGAAAGAGGUGUAGCGAUAUAAUUUAAGUUUUUUUUUUUUUUUUUUUUUGAGAAUUCCCUUAAAACAAAAACCUUGCUUUUAAAUAUUACUUCCAGAACCUGAAAAUACAAAUAGUAUACUAUGCAACAUCUAUUUAAAAGGGGAGUGUAGCCUUAUAUCUACACAACACGCUACUAUUGAGCCACAGGGGCUCUGUGUUUGUAAAGUACUGAGUUGGCAUUAGUCUUUUUUGAACUUUGCUCCUUACUGUACAACCCUAUACUAUUUAUAAAAAAAAUUUUAUUUUUUAUUUUUUAUUAAGUUGCACUAUGUGGUACUAUUAUAUUUUUAGGUUCUGGAAGUAAUAUUUAAAAGCACCAAGGUUAUUGUUUUAUGAUUCUCAAAAAAAAAAAAAAAUAAAAUAUAUAGCGCUACACCUCUGCAUCUUUAUCUGUUGGUGUUUUUUUUUUUUGGAAAAGUUGCAUUUUUGGUGUUUAGCUGCUCCUGUUAUAUAUAUAUAUAUAUAUAUAUAUAUAUAUAUAUAUAUAUUCAAAGAUACUAUCUAUAAUUUUAAGUUUAAUAUAGCUAGUACCGUCCCUUUUUUUUUUUUUUUUUUAAACUAAAAGGAUGUAAACUAGUUAAUGCUCGCAGUACGUCCACACUACCCAUGUGCAGCGCUGUUAGACACAAUUCUCAGCAUGCAGUCAUCUUAAAGGUGGUGAUACUGCAACUCUCAAGUGCUGCAGAGUUAGGUAAUCUUACAGCAAGACAGGAGGCUACAUAUUUGCUUAAUCUUUCUUUACUGAACCUCCCAGCAGUAAAGAAACCGUUAACAAUGAUGUAAAAAAUGUCACCAAUCAGAGUGUAAAACAAUAUCAUAUAGUGUCAUCAAGCUCCUCCCAACUCCUCUUUCUUUGCUGAUUGCCUCCCAGGUGAGUCUAUUCCAAUUAUAUUGCUAUACAGUAAUACUUGUUGCCAUAUAUUAUAACAGUCUACCUAUCACCAUUUGAUAAUUAUUUUGGUAUAUUUAUUUAGACCCAUUCUAUAUUACAUUUCCAGUUAGAUUUGUGUCAGUCUCUAUCUAUAUCAUUGUUCAAUUCAGCCCUUUUUUGCUCUUAUGCAAUCUUUCUGUCAGAUUUUUUUUUCUGCCUUUUACCUUUAUUUGUGCAUAUUUGUGUUUUUGUUCCACAAUGUCUCUUUAAAAUGUCCACCGGAAUGUCUGCGGGUUUUUGGGAGGGGGAUUCCCGUGAUUUUUGUUAUAUUUUAGACUGUGGACUCUCUCCUCAGAGUAAGAGACUGCGGCCCUCCUUAUUCAUUCAACUCCAUUUUACCGUGGACUCCAUCCCUUUCUGCUUUCUCGCCCAUUCGCGUCUGUUUUUCUGACGCGCUUUCUUUCCCACCUCUUCAAUUGACAGCGGCUAUUUUCCCGAUAUGGUUUUCCGAUAUUACACAGACCUGCUGUAAAAUUAUUUGCAUAAUAAAGGAGUGCUUUUGUGGGUGACCGCCACUUAUUUUGUAUUUAACCUGAAUUUUACUGUGGGUGAUCCCCACCUGCUCUUUAACUUUACUCCGCUUAGGUGUACCAACACCCAUAUUACAGUGGGUGAGCCCCCACUUAACUCCUUAAUAAUAAUAAUAAUUAUUACAGGUGAAUUCCACCUUCAGAUUUAACAGUGGUAACCCCACUCUUUAUAUUUAAAAUUGCGGACAUAUCCAUUUUGACUUUAUUGCAUGUGGUUGACCCCACUUGCUUUUUUUAUAGUGGAUUACCCCACUCACUGUAAUUUUAGUGGUUAAUCCCACUGACUAUUUGUGUUGCCGCCCUUACAAUUAUCGUUUAUUUCAUUUGGGUGACCCCCAUUCAUUGCACAGUUUCCUCUCUUACUACUGUCAGUUUUACAUAUAAGACUAAAUAUGUCUAACACUGAGCCUGCCAUUUCACAAGAACUUUGAGCAUGGCUCGUUUCUACUAUUGCUGAAUCUAUCCCUAAGGCACUAGCAGCCUUUCAUGAUCAAACUUCUACUGAAGUUAACCCCACUGCGCACUUGCUCUCUGACUCAGAGGAUUCUCAGCCUUCGGAUCAGGAGGAAGUCCUGCGCAAACGCCUUUGGAAAGGGGUUAGUGUAUCUGCAGGCAAGGGCAAGGCUCCCGCCAAGUCCCUUAAGUUGUCUUUAACUCGCCCUAUCCACAAUUCUUUAGACCCUCUAGAGGGCUCUACAUAUAAUACGGGCAAUGCGAUGGAUGAUUACUACCUCAACUGUUCCGACGAGGAGCUCCCGGCGAAUGCGCUACGAGACUCCUCGUCAGAAUUUGUCAAAGAGACAUUUAUUACCAAGAGAGACCCAGAUUCUGUUAAUACUAACACCAAGGAGCCCAAUUCAGACAUCCUUCUGGAUGAUUAGGGCGUCCCUUUUUUCAACCCUAGGGUCAUUAAACACCCAUGCUCAGCUGAAUCGCCACGCCUGACCACAUUACUAACUUUUGCAAGAUGUGGCUGCGCAAGCCUCUAGAAAAGGAAAUAAGGGCUAAACUUAGAGCCGAAUACCCUCGGCCAACUAUCCUGAAUAAGGUGGCACGAACGCCAGUUUGACCCAAUGUUGGUGACGUUCCUCACUAAAUCUGGUAAAGACCCUCGCAAGGGUAUUGAGCAGGGUCUCAAGGCAGCUCAAGACAAACUCUUAGACAUUGCUGGUCCUAUCAUCCAGGUAUUUUAUUUUAGCUGAUGAAGAUAUUACUAGUGGAGAAUUCGAUCCACAUACAGUGCGGGAAUGGGCCCAGAAGGCUUUCUGCGUCUUGGGCAAUGACCAUGUGGCUAUUUCUACUGAGAGACGUAAGGCGGCACUAUACAAAAUUGAUUCUAAAUUAGUGGAUUUGAGUUCCCAAGAAUUGGGACCGGAGGCCAAUGGCUUAUUCUUUGGAGAUAAUUUUAUGAGAUCUCUCUAAACAUGUAUCGGUAUUUACUACCUUAAACAAAGCCCAAUCCUCCUUACGCAGGGUUUUGCUCCCAAUCACAGCAUUUUCCUGGGAGAGCUGGUCGCUAUAGGGGCCGAGUGUCAAGCAGAACUGCCUUCACAGGUUACAGGCCCGACCAUGCCACCGACAGUUGUUCACCAACAGAGGUUCCAUCCGGGGACGCGGAUCUGCUUCCCUACGCAGCACACUUUGUUCAAUGUACCUAGAGCAGGUUGACUAACCCAUUUUUUCUAACAGUAGGAAUUGCUUUCACAGUCAAGGGUUUCAUUCCCUUUCCACUCUCUUCCAGGACAUACCACCCACACAUUACAGACUUCUGACUUCGAAAGAUUGCCUUUCCCACCUACUUUUCUUAGCAACAUAUUCUUGGUCCGCAAAAAGACAGGAGACCUUCACCCAAUUAUUAGUCUGAAAGAUCUGAAUCAACAUGUCAGAUAUGGCAUCCAUCUUCUCGGGGACCUCCUUUGUGUGGGAGACUGGUUAUCCAGAUUCGAUCUCAAGGACGCAUACCUCACAGUUCCUGUUGCCCGCAACCAUUGGGCUUUCCUUCAAUUCCUAUGGCAAGGAGAAAUUUGUCAAUUCACAUGCCUUCCUUUUGGUCUUUGCUCAGCACCGUGGUGUUUCACAAAAUUUAUGAAACCAGUCAUGGCAUUACUCCAGUCGCAAGAGAUUCGUUCCAUUGUAUAUUUGGACGACAUCCUGAUCAUGGCUCAGAAUGGCUUCUCAAUCAACAUACGGACAUGACAACUGCCUUGUUACAAAACCUGGGUUUUGUCAUAAAUUUUCAGAAAUCGGAUCUGGAACCCCCUCAGACGGUUCAGUUCCUCGGAUUUCUAAUAGAUUCGAUACAGACGAUUUUACAAAUGCCUUCUGCAAAGAUCAAAUCUAUAAAGAGAGACAUUCUGAAAUUGCUGUCAGCGCCACGGAUUCAUCUGCGCGAUUUAGCACAUGUUCUAGGUCUCCUCUUUGCCUCUAUCCAGGCUAUAUACCUGAGACCUUUACAUUACAGAGCUAUGCAGCGGCUCAAAACAUAUCUACACUGGUCCUCCUCCUACGACCAGUUGAUUUGCCUAACGGACAAAGUCCUUAUAGAGCUCACUGGUGGCUUCACAACAUGUAAGCCUAGAAUGGCAAAGCCAUAUUCGGAUCGCAGCCAGGCUUCUGGAAUCGGAUGCCAGCCUCUUGGGGUGGGGCGCAACGUUCUCAGAGAGGUCCACCGGAGGCCUUUUUCAGCUGGCUCCCAGACCCCCAAUCCUGGGCAGUCGAUGUAUUUCUACUCCCUUUGCUAGAGAGAGGAGCUUAUGCGUUCCUGUAUUUUUCCAUAAUACAAAGCACCCUUGAUUGGGUCAAAGCUUUAGUAGUAACAAUAGUCAUUGCAACUGCAUUAUGGAGGGCCCAAACUUGGUUCACUACUCUUCUGUGAAUUACCCCGAUUUCCCGACAUCCUCAGGAACCCAGCAGGGGACUUUCAUCCGCUUACGCUUCAAGAACGGCUCCAGCUUGUAGCUUGGACCGUUUCAGGGGAUCUUGGAAUGUCUCUGGAUUUUCGGAAACGGCUCAGGCUCUCCUGUGGAAAUCCUGGGCCCCAGGCACUAGACGCACUUUCCUCUCUGCAUGGCAGACAUGGAUCAGCUGGUGUCUGGAAAGGGAUAUCGAUCCCUUUUUAGCACCUCUUACAGCCAUUCUAAAUUUUCUAUCUACCCUCUUUUUUCCUUUGUGGAAUCUUGGCCUUCCAAUGACGCUUUGUCAUUACACCAACUUUCUGCCAAGUUGGCAUUACCUCUAUGUUUAGUAUCGUUCGUUUAACUACCAUGCUGUAGUUUUCACACCGGGGGGAGUUAGAUUUAAUAUCACCAGACGUAAAAAGACUAAUUCUUCAGUCUUUUAUCCUUAUUUUUUGAACAUACCAUCCCUCUGUGUGGAGAGCUGUGUUCGACAUAUAUAUGCCACACUGCAGGGCCUCUUCUGCUCUCUUAUGUUAGACCGCACACGCCAGUAUCCUCUUCCACGCUUGCACGGUGGAUCAGAUGGUUUCUUACCCAGGCUGGGAUUGACCCAUCCUUUGGAGCACAAUCAGCCAGAGGAGCAGCCUCAUUCUCUGCCUUUUGAGCAGGCAGUUCCCUCUCAGACAUCUUAUCCUCUGCGGAUUGUUACAGAGAGCCUACGUUUCCUACUUUCUAUUUCAAACCUAUGCUGCAUCUUCUAUCAUACAGGAGCGUUAAAACAGCAAAUAUGAAGCCUGUCUUGCCAUAAAAUUAGGGAUUAUUCUAGUUUUAGUGAACAAAUAAUCUAAAUUUUAUUAACGACAGGAGGUGAAUAUUUUCCCUCUCUUUAUAUCUCUUAUUCCCACCCUUUAAGGUAAGUUAUUAGAUAGUUGGGUACAUAUCCAUGUCAUGGUUCAACUUUUAUGCACCAUCUGCCAAAGGUAACCCACCCUAGUAUUAUAUUCAGGAAUUUAUCAUUCUCUCACCAAUGCUUACUAUGAAGUAUGCCAAUGAUUGCUAUUCACUAUGUGUUUAAUAGACUUGAUUUUCUCUGGUAAGAGAACCUAUACUUUCACAAAACUCUCAGUUUCCUUUUGGUGUGAAGACCUUUCUCCGGUCGUUAUAACGUUGAGCCUGUAGCUCAUCAGUUCUCGGUUUACAAGGUUGACCAAGCACAGGACCUUCAGUUUUGUCCAUUGUUAAUCAAAUUUCACCAAAUCUCGUAGAAACCUUACCUGCCUUGAUCUCCAGCAUUUCUCCACAAAACUCAAUACUCUCCUUUUACCCAUCUCAAAUCUAACUUGCCCUAACUCGGCUACCUCACUCUACAACUCAACUCUCUCCUCUCAACUCGACAUCAUGGCACUUCCUAAAAUUAAACGCAGCAAGCGCCCCCAAUUACAACCCUGGCACACCAAGCUGACCCGUCACCUCCAAAAAUGUUCUAGAACUGCUGAACGAUCGAUCACUUUGCAUCUGACUUCCUCCACUAUAAAUUGAUGCUGCGCUCCUACAGCCUGGCUAGUACACUAAUUUAAUACCCUCAUAAGUAUACUGUCCCAUCAAUCCAAACCCCUAUUUCACACUUUUGAUGCUCUUCUUCGCCCUUUUACUCCCACUCCUUCUACCACCUUCUCCGCCACAAACUUUGCAUCUCACUUCACUGAGAUCUCUACAAUCAGAGAAGAGAUCGCUAAUUUCUCUCCUUCCCCUACCAUUACAUCACCCAAUCCCACCCCCUCCACCACUCUACACUCAUUCAUUCGGUUUCUUCUCUGCUCCGGUCCUCCCGCCCCACCACCUGUUCCCUCGAUUCUAUUCCUUCAUAUCUCAUCCGCACUAUGUCUCCCUCUCUUGCUCUUCCCCUCACUAAAAUUUUCAAUCUAUCCCUUUCCUCUGGCACAUUUCCCUCACCCUUCAAACAUGCAACUGUAACCCCAAUUCUGAAAAAGCCCAGCCCUGACCCCAACUCCCCAUCCAACUGCUGCCCUAUCUCGCUACUGCCAUUUGCCUCCAAGAUCCUCGAGAGAGUUGUGUACACCAGACUGACUGACUUUCUCGAAACCAACUCCUCUGCUUGACCCCCUUCAAUCUGGAUUCCGCGCUGGUCACUCUGUUGAAAUGGCUAUGACCAAAGUUUUCAACGAUUUAAUUGCUGCUAAAUCUCGCGGACAUUACUCUAUCCUUAUUCUCCUUGAUCUUUCUGCUGCCUUUGACACUGUUGAUCAUUGACAGCUUCUUCGCAUUCUCCGUAAUUUUGGUCUACGGGGUACUGCUCUCUCCUGGUGCUCCUCCUACCUCUCUUUCAAUGUUUCUUUUUCUGAUUCUGCCUCUCCUCCCCCCCAAACCACUCUCUGUCGGCAUCCCCCAAGGUUCUGUCCUUGGUCCCCUUCUGUUCUCUAUCUACACUGCCUCCCUUGGUAAACUCAUCAGCUCGUUUGGCUUCCAUUAUCAUUUUUAUGCUGAUGACACGCAAAUCUACCUGUCCUCUCCUGAUCUCUCUCCGCCCAUCUUGACUCGUGUCUCUGACUGCCUCUCUUCGAUCUCCAAAUGGAUGGCUGCUCACUUCCUUAAACUUAACCUAUCCAACACAGAACUUCUGAUCUUUCCUCCCUCAAGUGUUACUACUCCAGUGUCUCCCUCCCUCCAAGUCAACGGCGCUACCAUCACCUCUACCUCGCAGGCUCGCUGUCUGGGUGUCUUUUUUUACUCCAACUUCUCCUUCACCCCUCAUGUCCAAUAAAUCGCCAAAUCCUGUCGCUUCCAUCUCAAAAACACAGCACAUUUCCGCCCCUAUUUAACCCCGGAUGCGGCUAAGGUGCUGGUCCAUGUCCUUGUUCUCUCGCCUUGACUACUGCAAUACUCUUCUCAGUUGUCUUACCUGUUCCUAGAUUGCACCGUUGCAAUCUAUAAUGAAUGCGGCGGCAAGGCUCAUUUUCCUGUCCUCUUGCACCUCCCACACCUCCACUCGUGGUCCCUGCAUUGGCUCCCAGUUAGAUAUAGGGCUCAAUUUAAAAUUCUGGUGCUUGCUUACAAGUCCCUACAUAAUGCUGCUCCAACCUACCUAUCCUCCCUAACACACAAGUAUGUCCCGCCGAGGCCCAUACGCUCUGCCAAAGACCUACGUAUAUCCUCUGUCCAUACUCCCACCUCUAACGCUCGCCUCCAAGACUUUUCCAGGGCUGCACCUCUUCUGUGGAACUCCCUUCCCUCCUCCUUAAGAAUUUCACCCAGUCUCCACUCAUUCAAAAAGCAUUGAAAACUCACUUCUUCAUGUCUGUUAGUCCAACCUUUGUACAGAGCCACGGAAUCUGAUGGCGCUAUAUAAAAAAUAAAAUAAUAAAUAAUAAUGAAGUUAUUAUGAAGUUAUAUUGUUUACAUGGUUGAUCUCUGCUAGUUUCGGCUACAGCAAGAAAGAUAGAAUAAUCCCUAAUUUAUUUUUUUUAGUUCUGCUGCCCUGUUCACACCAAUAAACAUUGAAAUAGCAUUUACUGGGACGAUGGAACUUUUUUCUUUUUGUUAUAGAUUUUAAUAUUUACAUGCACUCAACUUCUAGGCAAAAACGAAAAGAAAAAAGAUUGAAGAGGAAACAGGAACGACAGGCCAAGCUGGAACAAAACCUGGAUGAGAAUAUUAAGAAGCGAAUCCGCAGAGAGAUUAAUCCCAGUUCACUUUGCCUUGUUAUAGACUGCAGCUUCGAUAAUUUGAUGGCUUUAAGAGUGAGACUAUUUUUAUUCUCUUUUAACUCCUUUAUUCCUGCAUAUGAUGCUUGAAAUAUAUUCUUCUGUUACCAUAAACAUGUUCUUUUUUUUUUUUUUUGGCUUUCUAGGAUGUGAAAAAGCUGAACAAACAAAUUCGGAGGUGCUAUGCAGAGAAUCGUCGGGCACUACAUCCGGUUCAGGUAAUUGGAGCGCAAUUGGCCUCUCAAACGCUGCAUUAUUUGUAAAUUUGCCUUGGUGGAAGUUCAUAUAAACUUAAAAUAUAUUAACUAUGACCACUAUAAGGGUUGGCAAUAUGAAGUUGAUGAUUGGGGAGAAAUAUGCUGAAUGGAGUUCAAGAAGAAGCUAUGGAGAAACUAGCAAAAUGUGCUAUACCAUGGUGUCAUAGAGAGGUACCUUAAAAGCCUUCGUGAUUUUGAAUUCUUCUCAGCUGGAAAUGCUCAAUAAUCUAUUGUGUGUUGAUCAAAUAUUAAAUGCUUCCCACUAUUAGAAGUAGUUUAACCACAUUCUGGUACAUUCUUUUUAUUCCCUGAUGUUUUUUAAUAAUCUUUUAACAACAGUCAUUAUUUUCACUAUAGUCACUCUAGCUCUACACACCAGUGUAGAUCCAUUCAGGUCUGCACACCAUCCCAUCUCCGAAAAGACAAUGUUUACAUUAAAAAGUCUGCAGGAAUAGGCAAUAGACAUCAGACCAACUACAUGAAGCUGUAGUUGUUCUCGUGACUAUAGUGUCCCUAACAUCCUAGUCUAGUCCACAAUUAGCAAUUUUCAUAAAUUAGGGCAGAAUACAAACAUGUGUAUAACACCACUGGUGGAUUGUUAGGAUUUGGUUAAAUUGAAACGAGUGAGUUUAAACUACCAUGAUCCCUUAAUUAAAACGUGAACCAGUUAUAGGUUUUAUUGUGUGGGGUUUUUUUGUUUUUUUUUUAAAUAAUUUUUGGUUUUAGGUCAGUAAAUUUAGAAAAGUGCAUACAUGCUCUUUUUUUUAAAAUUCUGUUAAGUGAUGUUAUAUUUACCGAACUGUUCAUUCUUUCUAAGUUUUAUUUAACCAGUCAUGGUGGACAGUUGAAAGGCAACAUGGACGAGUUUGACAAGGGAUGGAUUAAUUGGAAGGUAAAACUGAAUGUACUAGAACGUAAAACCAGUGUUCCCAAUAAAGCAUAUGUAACCUUAAUUUUAUUCUAUUAUACUAUCAUCACUCAUUUUCUGUGAGCCAUCUUAUUUAUUGUAUUUAUAUCAUAUUCUGUAUAAAAAACUACAUUUAUUAUAGUGAAGUCUGUGCUGCAGUUUUUCCCUUUUUACUGUUAAAUUGGAAUAAAAAAAAAAAAAAAAUAAAAAAUAUAUAUAUAUAUAUAUAUAUAUAUAUAUAUAUAUAUAUAUAUAUAUAUAUAUAUAUCUCUGUACAAAGUUGCAGUGGUUAGAGCAUUUAGCUUUGUUAGUUAAGACAAGGAUUUUCUCUUUCUGCUCUAAUUAGCAAAUCCUAGGUUCUGAUGCAGAUAACAUCAUAUCAUUUCAAGAGCCUUUUAUCUAAUUAUUAAUAUUUAAUUGUCUAUAUAUGAAUACUAUUUCAAGAUGGUCCCAUCUGAACUUGCUAUAGCUUGCUGAGGUGGAAAUAGUGAUGAUCUGGUGAGAAUAUUUUGAAGUAUUUUAGGUAAUGAAUAUUUUAGAUGGCGGCUACUUGGACUCCCCAGUACUAUAUCUUGGCAUUAUAUUCAACGUUUUCUUUUUCAGGAUAUCCACAUAAAAUCUGAACAUUUCAAAGACCUUAUGAAGCCCCAAGACAUAGUUUACCUUACAUCUGAUUCCCCAGAAGUCCUUAAUGAGCUUGACGAGACCAAAGCAUAUGUUAUUGGUGGCUUGGUUGAUCACAAUCAUUACAAGGUACAUAUCAAGAUAUACCAGCUCAGGUGCUAUUUUCUGUCACUCCAGCUGCUGACAAACAAAGCUCUAGUAAAUAAUAUUAAAAAAACGUGAUCUAAAAGUUAAUUAACCCCUUCACGAGCGGACUGUUUUUGCGAUGUUUGUACGUUAAGGACCAGAGCUAUUUUAACACUUUUGUGGUGUUUGUGUUCGGCUGUAAUUUUCUGCUCUCUCAUUUACUGUUCUGAUACAAAUUAUAUAUUUAUUUUUUUCAGGACAAAAAGGGCUUUCUUUACAUACUAUUAUUUUUAUCAUGUCAUAUAAUUGAAUUAAUAAAUAAUAAUAAAAUAUGGUGAAAAUUAAAAAAAAAAAAAAAAGUUUUUUGACUUUUACUUAACCCCUUAAGGACCAAACCUCUGGAAUAAAAGGGAAUCAUGACAUGUCACACAUGUCGUGUCCUUAAGGGGUUAAAAAAAUAUUUUACUGAUCUACAAAAUCGAAUGAAACUGCUAAAUAGAUUCAAAAUUUUGUCCUGAGUUUAAAAACACCCAGUGGUUGUGUUUUGUUUUUUUUUGCUUUUAUUUGCAAGUUAUAGGGCUAUAAGUACAAGUAGGAAAUUGCUGUUUCAAAAUGUACAUUUUUCAAAUGUAUCAAUAGUGACAUUGUAACACUGUUAUGUCAAAAAUCUCCAAAAAAACACCCCACAUGUAUAUAUUUUUCUUAAACUAGAUAACCCAGGGUAUUCAUCUAAGAAUAUUUUGAUACUUUCUAUGCAGCCAUUUUACCACAAACCUUUGCCAAACUUUGCAUAGGUAGUUUAUUUUUUUUAUUUUUUUUCACAUACAUUGCAAUUCAGGUAUAAAUUUACAGCUUCUGUUAGGUGUCACUACCAAACACCCCAAUAUGUGUUCAGCAACAUCUCCCGAGUACAGAGAUACCCCCAAUGUAUAGGUGUGUUGGGUUGUUGGGGGGCUAAAAGGCCACAUUUGGCAUGUGCGCAUAUCAGUUUCCUAGCUUGGAAUUUUGACAUGUAGUCAACCUGUGCCCAUGUCCUAUUUGAGCCAAUGUAUUUUACCCCAUCAAACCAUAUAUUUUUGAAAAGUAGACCACCCAGGGUAUUUUAAAUGGUGGUAGUUUAACACUUUUCAUGCACUGAAUUCUACCACCAGCCUUUGUCAAACGUUUGGGUAGUAAUAUUUUUUGUUUCUUUGUAACGCAUGAAUUAACAGAUCCUGUUAUGUGUCACUGCCAAACACCCCAAUAUGUUCAGCAACAACCCAGCAAUCCAUGUAUAGGGUUGCUGUGUUGUUUGGGGGCCAAAAGGCAACAAUCAGAAUUUGUACAUGUCAGUUUUUCGACUUGAUAUAUAGGUAUGCUUGGUCUAUCUUCGGUUUGACAUAUUUUUGCACCCCCCAGUUAAUGUUACCAUCAUGACAGUAUAUAUAGUAUAUAUUUUUAUAAAGUAGACAUCAAAGGUUGUAGAAGAUGGGGUGUUUUGACUUCUAUCACCCAACCAUUUUGCCCCCCAAAGAAAGUGUAGUGGUAAUUUUUUAUUUCUUGUUUUUAUGCACACGUCAUCUGGUUUUGGCCAGCUGGUUAUGUGUUACUGCCAGAGAACUUGUUAGACCAAAUGUGCAGGUAGAAAAUGUACAUUUAGCAGCAAUCUUUAAACUGACUCCUGCAAAUAGAAUCUAACUGGAGAUUUGGGGGAAGGAACUGACUAACAAAAAAAUAGCUGCUUUCCAAAGAAACUAAAAAAAAAAUAAAAAAAAAAAUUCAGGAACACUUACAACUGUUCUGUGUGGUACAGCUUGAAACAUGUUCCUACACACAGUCCUGGUUUCGAAGGGCAAUCAGGACAGUGAAAAGGGGUGUCUGUCCUUUUCCCGUUUUUAAAACAGACCCGGCAACGUUUCUGGGGGGUUUUUUUUCUAGCAGUUGGCGGUAACUUAAAAAUAAAAUGUCUGGACUCAGCUUGCACCGUGCAUCAGAUAGUUAGCCACCUUUUUAUACCAUGCUUUGGUUUUUCGUAAAAUAAGAUAUGGCUGCAUCAGCUGAUCAGCCAAAUCAACACCCCCCCCAUGUAAUUAUUAUACGCCCUGAUGCAAACCGGUUUGUACUCUACUCUGCCCCGGAUAGAGAUGUCUGACAUGCGUUCGUCGUGAAUGGUGGUUAGCAUGUGGACAUCCUUCCUGUCCCUAAAUUUUAAUGCAAGCACUUCAGCUUUUCUAAGUGCUUUACAUUCACCUUUUUUAAAUUUUGCCUCUAUGAGAGAUCGUGGAAAGUUUUUUUUUUUUUUGGAAUUUUUUCUGGCAGUGCUGCAGGCCAGUGUCUGUAAACCAUAAAGUGUUUUAAACAGACGGACACUACUAUAAAAAUUAUACACAUAAAGGUGGUAACCUUUAUUAAACAAGGGGUUUAGUAGGUCCCAUACAAGUUUCCCACUUGUCCCCAUGGAGCCAGGACAGCCAGGAGGGUCCAGUUGACCAUCUUUCCCCUUAUAUACACGAAAGGCAAACGUGUAUCCACUUUCGCUCUCGCACAGUUUGUACAGAUUUAUGCCAUACCUAGAGCGCUUUGAGGGGAUGUAUUGUCUGAACCCUAAUCUCCCUUUGUAUUUCAUUAGCGAUUCAUCUAUGGAUACAUUUUGUUGGGGGUUAUAAACAUCCGAAAAUUUGGCCUGAAAAUGGUCUAGCAGUGGGCAUAUUUUAUGAAGCCUAUCGUAUUGGGAGUGAUCUCUAGGGUGACAGAGGGUAUUGUCACUGAAAUGUAAAAAUCUCAGCAGUAACUCGUAUCUGGCUCUAAGCAUGGUUUGGGAGAAUACUGGACUAGACAUUUUUGGGUUGGUGCUCCAGUAUGAGCGAAUCGAUGGCUUCUUUAUGAUCCCCCAUGAGCGUUGUAAGAGCCCAGAAUUUUUUAAGCUCUGGGACAUCUGUGGGAUGCCAGUCAUGCUCCCUGACUAUAUAUCUACCUGGAUUGUUAUCAAUAAAUUGGGUAGCAUACAAGUUAGUCUAGGAAGCAAUCUCCUCCCAGAUGGUAUCCCCUAAAAAUAGUUCUACAUACUGCAUUGGGGAAAAGACAUCCACAUUAACAUUAAUGCCUGCGUUGGCACUAAAGGGGGGUACCCAGUCCUCCUCCACAUUCGGCGUAGCAGAGGAAGCACAGCUUUUUUCUUUAGCCGGCUCACACACAGAUGACAUGUCGUCUUGACUAGACGUGUCAGAAAACUGACCUGGGUCAAAAUCUGACGCAGUGUCAGUGGCGUCAGAGUCUGACACCAAGAAGGCAUAUGCCUCCUGCAAGUUAUACCUACGCUGCAUGUUUUACACACGACUAAAACAAAUUACAAACACCAAAUUUUUUUUUUUAUACUUUUUUUUUUUUUUACUAAAACAGACUAAACAGCAAUCCUUAAACUAACUCCUGUCACACAAAUCUAAUGGAGAUUUAGGGGAAGGAACCGGACUAAGACAGACCAAGACAAAGAUUUUUAAAACAAAUUUAACCCUUUAAGGGCAAAAAAAAAUACACAGUUCAAAUGCACUGCUGUAACAGAUCUGGCAGAGAAGGGGUUAUAAAGGAUUUUUUUCUAUUCACUUUAGAUACUGUGUAAAGCUCUGGAACACUUCUGCUGCAACAAACUAUCACAAUCUCUGUCUCUCUCGCCUCACAAAACACUACAGAGGAGAGAGGGGCAGAGAUCACUGUCAAAGUAAGUGUUUGUAACACCCACUUUGACAGCAGCCAAAUGUGAGCGAUUGCGGAUCGCUCACACGCCGCAAUUGGCUGUUACUAUCUGCCUGGGAUGUCUGGCAGAUAGUUACAGUGUUAUACCGGCGGGAGCGAUCUUUGAUCGCUUCCCGCAGCCCGUUUUUCGCUAUGACGGUUCAGGAACUUCAGCGGUCCAAACGCACGUUUUACUGCUGACGGUCCUGAAGGGGUUAAUGGUGAAAAAUAUUAGGGAAAAACAAUAACAUAUUGGUGUUCUGGAUUCAUCACUCAGCAUUGGUUAAUGUGAUGUUUGAUGUCUUGAGAAGCCAUCAAUAACAUUACUUUUAUAUAAAACCGGCUUCAGCAGUAUGAAUGUCAAGUGUGUAAUCACUCCACGGACUGUUCCACAGACGCUUACAUGAGGUGAAAACAUAAAAAGCCUUAAACCUUGCUCAUCUUAAGGAAAUAAAUUUAAUGGGAAAUUAAAUGGCAGAGGCAAAUUAAGGAGCGUCAUGGUGGUGAUGCGUUUUCAAUAUUGUAACUAUUGCUUUAUUAAGCUGUAUGUACAAUAUUCUGUAGGUUGUUCAAGUAGGAAAACCAGGACAAACUAAAUUGUAAUUCAUUUAAAUAAAAUCAAGUAAUUAGCAUAUACUUGAAGGAACACUUGCAUUAAUUUUUCUAAUGGUUUAGUCAGGGACCUGGUUCCGCUGGGUUUUGGUCAUCUCUUACAUGAGAACCAGACGCUCUCUGCAUGGAGCUAAGUGAUAGUUUAAUUGGCUGAGAGUGAUCAGCUGAUGCGCUCAUCUAAUGCGCUGCAGAGUUUAGCUCAGGAGAGCUAACUGUAGCAUCAUACAGGAGGUGGGGCACUCAAUGGACCCAAGAUAAGAAGUCAAUUUGUUAGCAAAUGGUUUGACUAUUUAUGUGUGUUACUUUUUAAUUUUCAUCUUUUAAAUUCCUGGGUUAUGUUUUUGAUUCAAGGGCUGUUGAGAAAGCAUUAUCCAGACGUCAAAAAAAUUCAACCAAGAUGGAAAUAUAUUAAGUCCUGUCUCCCCUCCUUCCCCUUCCCACGGUUCGUAAUAGUGGCACUACACUCUACUACCUUCUAUAUUUUAUUUUGUUUUGUAAUAAUGAAUAAAGAAGAUAUCUAUAUUUUUUUUUUUAAAUCAACUCUGCAACCAAAAAUAAACUUUAUCUGCCAGGGUUUUAAUCUUUGUAUUUCUUUCCUGAGAGCUACAGUUGUCAUAAAACACUUAAGUAAAAUUAGGGAAUACAUAUGCAUAGCAGUUAAGUUGACAAUGGACAGAGCUCAAAUGUUUUAUUUAACAAACAACUGGCAUCAUGGUCAUAGGCGAACAAAAUGGCUGCGUCAAAGUACUGAGAUCCAGCACAAGAAAGGAAAAUUGCAAGGGACGGACCAUAAUCAUUUGUAUAUAGGAAGCAUAUUGAAAGGAGUACCAAAAGUAAAAAAAAAUAAAAAAAUGGACUGGGCCACUUUAAUGUCCCUAAAUACAAACAGUAACUUACAAACGGCUUUUUUUUUGUGUGCAUGAUAUAGUAGUAUAUGCUAUACAGAUAACGAACUCCAGAAAUACAAAAUCUGGUUGAAAUUAUGUCUGCCUGUACUCCAACAAGGUUUGUAGUUAUUGGGACCAAAGAAUAUAUGCCUAUCGUAUUCCUGGACUAUCACCAGGAUGUUUGUUUUUUUUCCUGAGCGUGCUAUACCUUUAAUUUAUUUUUUAUUCAUAACUAAUGAAAAGCUUUUUUUUUUUUUUUUUUUGCAGGGGAUUACAUACAAGCAAGCCUUGGAACUUGGAAUAAGUCAUGCACAGCUGCCGCUAUCAAACUUUGUUAAAAUGAAUAGUCGGAAAGUAUUGGCAGUGAAUCAUGGUGAGGAAUCAGUGUAAAAAUAGUUAAAGUCACAAGUGAUAUCUACUCAUACUUCAUUACUAAACUGUGCAUUAGGGGUUCUUGACAAAAGAAUUGCAAACGGUGCUGUUAAUUGGACCAUAAACACAAACUAAUUGCUUAUUGUAAUGACCAUAUUAAAAUAUCAGUGUUAUUAAUCAGACAGAUACAAAACUAAUAACAUAAAAAAUUGAUUAUGUUUAAAACACUAGAUUUGGGCACAGCUGCAAGGAUUGAGUCUGUAGCUAAGUCUGGUGUCAAACGUCAAGAGUGGGAGAAAUACAGAGACUAAGUAGUUUCUGCAAAGUAGUCUCUUGGGUUGGAAUUUCAGUGAAAUUUUAACACUGUCAAUAUGAGUAUUUCAUAAAGAUAGAAUGCUUAGGCUUAGCUACAGAGUCAAUCCCUGCAGAUGUGUUUUUUUUAGGUGGGAUGACAAUGCCUCUUUUUAAUAUAGGCUCAUUAUUCCUUUAGUGCUCCUGAUACUAAUGAUUUAUGGUAUUUAUGACGAUUAACACAUUUUGUUUGUGUCUUUGAACAAAUAAACUUUUUUUUUUUCUCUUAUGGACCACGUUCUGAACGUAUAGAAUUGUAAGUCCAGAUAAAGUAUUUUACUAAAAUAAGUAGUGUGUGUGUGUGAAUAUAUGUAUGUAUGAUAAAAAAAAAUGAGGUGUGUAGUGUUAUGAUGUAAAAUAAAUUGUGAUGGGCCCCUUGUCAAUCCAUGUCUUUUGCAAAUCCCUUUAAAUAUAUGUUAUUGUAAGCAUAAUUUGCUUUGUCAAUAAACAUGAUCUUAUUAUUCAGGAAACCUGAAGGUAUAUUUGCCAAUAUGCAUGCUUUAAACUGUGAAGACUUGCUAAAUGAGGCUUUGUACAAGAAGAAAAAGUACCCAAGAACUAAAGCUGAUAUGGCCCAAAUACGUAACACCACAUGGGCACUGCAUUGGCUUGUUUGUCCUUACCGAAGAGAUGAAGCAGGACACAAGGUCAGCUUUCCUCUUUAAAGGACAUGAUGAGAGAGGUUGUACAAGGUGUACAACUGCAGAUACUUCAGCAGCAGUGAGUAGGUACACUACACUACCUGCAAUGUGGUGGACCUUUGCCAGCAACAAGCCUCUGUGUCCGUUGUGGCAUGCUUGUCAUAGGUUUUACCAUCACUGUGCUAGACACAUUUUUUAAAUCCAUUUUAUAGAUAGUGCCUAAAAAAUUAUAUUGUAAAAACGAAUACUGAAACGGAUACAGAACUGAUACUCCUUGAAGUUAAUUUUGUCUAUAUGGGCAUAUUACUUAGAAUUUGUUUUAAUUCUUAUUCCUAAACCAAAUAAAUUGACGGCUUGUUAGAUUGCAGCAUAAAUAUGUAGACAAUUCUAAUAAGUCAUGUAUUUAUUUUUAUUAUGUGUACCUUAACUAGGCAUUUUUCACAAAUGUGUAAGUGGCCACCCGUUAUUCAUCAACUGAUAAAUCAUUCCUUUGUCACUCUUGCUUGUAAUAUGAAGCAUGUGAAUUAAACUACAUUGGUUGCAGAAAAUUCUUAUCAAGCAUUGAUUUUAGAAUUUUGCAGCACAAAUUUUCUCUGAAACAAACAUAAUUCAUCUUUCAAAAAUAUAUAUUGAUUGGAGUCUGUGAUCACCUAAUUUCAUUUUGUCCAGACUUUAUUCUGCUCUAUUUUACACGUCGUAGUUUUGAAGGCUUUAGGUUCUCUAUAGUUUUAUGGAUUUUAUUACUAGUCUAAUAUUGCUUAUCAAGUGGAUAUCAGUCCAUUCAGUUAAUUAUCACUGGCUUCACCCUGUGUUCUAUUUGUUGGAGAUUUUUUAUUUUUUUUCCCCCCAUAAGUGGUAUGGAAUUUUUUUUUUCAGCUCUUUUCAAAUCUUGUCAAGUUAAUUUUUCAAUAAAAAUGAUUCUAUAUUGUGUUGCAGUUUUUGAAAUUGUGCUUGCCUUUCUGGAGAAGAAAGAUUGGAAAGAAGCCUUUUUCUCUGUUCUGCCUCAAAGGAAGGGAGCAGUGCCACUAAAUGGCAGUUGUGAUGGUCCUGCUGACACAUUACCUUGUGAAGAAGAUGGAGAGGAAUCAGAUAGCGACACAAGUUUGGAUGAAACGGAAGCACAGAGAGAAUCCAAACAAGAUGAUGAAAAUGAGACUAGCUGACACAAUCUUUAAACUAUCGGAUUUUUUUAAUGGGAAGAGCAAUUUUAAUGUAUAAUUCUAAGAGCUAUAACCAGCGAUGAGUGUAUCAGUAGUGAACACAUUUCCAAUUCCCUGUAGAUAUUAAUGGAAGAACUGCGAUUUACUUGCAAGUCAAAUGUCUAUCUGCUCAAAGACUUUAAAGUUGAACAGUCAUUAGGUUGAUUUCCUUGGAUUUUUUUUUUUUUAUAUACCUAACACGUUUUAUUUUUAUGGAUAUAUCUGGGAUCACUAUAGGGAAACAUUACAUAUCACAAGUGAUGAAAGAAACCAGAAGAUAUAAAUCAUAAAGCAAUAUUUUGCAUUCGUGUUUUUUAUUUUAUCCAUUCAGCAAAAAGAAACUUUUGUUUCAUGUAAAAAAAUAAAAUAUAAGUUAUAUCAAUGAAAACAA